UUUUGUAGUGCCAUCCGGAUCUCCAGUGAAUGUCACUGCUGGGAUGAACGGCUCUUCUGUGAUUCUGAAGUGGGCGGAGCCUGAGGGUCCCAUCAACGGACACCUGCUGGGUUAUCGGAUGGAGUACAGAACCCCCAACAGCACCUGGGAGCUGCAUGACUCAGGAUUGGACACGGAGCUGUCCGUCAACCUGACUGAGACCCUAUCCAACAUCUCCUUCCGUGUGUGUGCGUACACAGGGGCGGGCCAGGGACCCUGGAGUCCCGUUCAGACGCUGGCUCUCAUCAAACCAGAAGCUGAAGGCCUACAAUCCAGAGACCGGGCACCGCCAGCCUUCUCCUGGCACUGGUGGUACGUCGUCAUGGCAAUAGCGGUUGCUGUGGCGCUGGCUGUGCUGAUGGCCAUCUACGUGGCCCGACUCAGACGAAAGGAGACACGCUUUGGCGAGGCGUUUGAGCCCAUGAUGGAGAGUGGAGAGCUUGUAGUGAGAUACCGCGCUCGACGGACCUAUAGCCGCCGGACCACUGAAGCCACUCUGAACACGCUGGGCAUCAGUGAUGAGCUGAAACAGAAGCUACAGGACGUGAUGGUGGACAGACAUAAGCUGACCCUGGGGAAGACACUGGGAGAGGGUGAGUUUGGCUCGGUCAUGGAGGGGCUGCUAACCCAGGAGGACUCAGUGCUGAAAGUGGCCGUCAAGACCAUGAAAAUUGCUAUCUGCACGCGUACGGAGAUGGAGGACUUCCUGCGUGAAGCGGCCUGCAUGAAGGAGUUCGACCACCAUAAUGUCAUGAGGCUCCUAGGUGUUUGUCUGCAGACGGUCGAGAGUGAGGGUUAUCCCUCACCUGUGGUUAUCCUACCUUAUAUGAAGCAUGGGGAUCUCCACAGCUAUCUGCUCUACUCCAGGCUCGGAGACUGCCCUGUGUAUCUUCCAUCCCAGAUGUUGGUGAAAUUUAUGACAGACAUCGCCAGGGGAAUGGAGUAUUUGAGCAGCAAGAAUUUCAUUCACAGAGACCUGGCUGCUCGCAACUGCAUGUUGAAUGAGAACAUGAAUGUGUGUGUGGCGGACUUCGGCCUGUCUAAGAAGAUAUACAACGGUGACUACUACAGACAAGGACGCAUCUCCAAAAUGCCCGUCAAAUGGAUCGCCAUAGAGAGCCUGGCAGACCGAGUCUACACCACCAAGAGUGAUGUGUGGUCAUUUGGAGUGACCAUGUGGGAGAUCGCCACGCGUGGCCAGACGCCGUACCCUGGCGUGGAGAACAGUGAGAUCUACGACUACCUGCGGCAGGGCAACCGCCUCAAGCAGCCCCCAGACUGCCUGGACAGCAUUUACUCCCUCAUGUUCUCCUGCUGGUUCCUGAGCCCUAAGGACCGGCCCAGUUUUGAGGUUCUGUGCUGUGAGCUGGAGAAGGUUCUGGAGGAGCUGCCUGACCCGCAGGACCCCGACGAGAUCCUCUACGUCAACAUGGAGGAGUCGUCUGGCGAGAUGGGCGCCGUGGGCGGCCGCGACCCCAGCUGCCCGCUGGGCGGCAUCAUGAGUGGCCUGUCGGGCCUGUCCCUGCCCAUGAUGUCACCCACGAAGGACUCGGUGGCCACAGUGGACGUGCACGCCCCUCACCAGCCCAACCGCUACGUGCUGUGCCCGCAACACGAGGCGCCGUCGCAGCCACGGCACCUACUGACCGCCACCGACUCGCUGGAGUCGCUGCAGCUGCCCGCUCUCGCCGGACCCCCCUCCUCCGCCACCUGCUCGUCCUCCGCCUCGCCCACCCCCACCUUGCGGCUGCAGCCAUCCGAGCGCUCCAGCCCCGUGCCCCCUCUGGACCUGGACGACGAUGACCACAGCACCGGGCACAUGGGGCCCGCUGCAGUCCGGAGAGUGCCGUGGCAGUGACCUCUGACCUCUGCAGAAACAUUCUAUAGUAUUUUUCAACAGUCCCCCCUUCACUUUAGUAAUUCCCCCAACCAAGCACAGGCAGCCACUUGCUUAGCACAAGGAUAUGAUUUGGACUCCAGAAGGUGUUGAGAGAUUGAAAAAGCCUGCCCCCUAGUGGUGAAGUGAUUCAGAUAACAGGCCGGCCUGCAGUAUACUUUUUUUUUUGCACAAGCACAACGCCAAUGCCAAGACACAUUCCUAAACAUUUAAAAAUUGGUUGAAUUUGCCUGCAUGUAUUUUUUGAUUAUCCCAGAUUUGAAUUGAGCUCAAUUCUAAGCCUAAUCUAAGAGAGACAUUGUUGACUAUACACAAAGGCCCCCAAUGCCCAUUACCUGCCCAUUAUCUCUCAAACUGAUCAGAGUGGGUUAGCUGGGCUGAUAAUCCUGAAGACAUGACAGCAUUGGGUGCCUACAUUACCCAGAAGCCCCAGCAGCACUAGGCGCCUACAUUACCCAGAUGCCCCAGCAGGCGACUCCCGUUCUCAGCAGCGCCAAAUGUGCCGACCACAGGCCUCAGCAGUGCCAGUCCAGAGCCCAGACCUAUAAAUAAUACACUCAGGAGGUACGCUGUCCACACACACACACACACACACACACACACACACACACACACACACACUGCCAGUGGUGCUCCGCUCCGAGGAAACUCAAGCACUUCCCAGACUGUACACACACACCACACCUCAUGCUGAAGGGGAAAAGCUCUGAGGCAGCCAUCUUGUUGAGCGCACAGCCAGCCCCUCAACAUCUGGACCUGACUGGACAUCUGCAGAGGUGAAUCAACCAACUCCACCUGCUAGGGUAGUGCACUGGUGUUAUGUGCACAUUCCACACACACAGACAGAUGGACAGCAGAGAGAGGGGGGGAGAGGGGGAUGGAGGUGCACCCUUAGG